GAUCUAAUCACGUCUAUUCUCCAUUUCAGAUCCCCGGACAAAGGAUUGGCCCCUAAUGUCAUCUCCCUUCCCCACACUAGCGCUAUGUUUAGGAUAUGUUUACUUAGUCAAAGUCCUAGGCCCAAGGCUUAUGGAGAACCGAAAACCAUUCCAGCUACGAAACACCCUCAUAUUGUACAACUUCGUGCAAGUCGUCUUCAGUGCCUGGCUGUUCUACGAGAUCGGUAUAUCGGGUUGGCUAACGGGACAUUAUAACUUCCGAUGUCAGCCAGUCGACUAUAGUAACCACCCUAAAACGUUAAGGAUGGUGCACGCGUGUUGGUGGUACUACUUCUCCAAGUUCACGGAAUUCUUCGAUACGUUCUUCUUCGUGAUGCGCAAAAAAACUAGUCAAGUGUCGACGCUGCACGUUAUCCACCACGGAUGCAUGCCCAUGUCCGUGUGGUUCGGCGUCAAGUUCACCCCAGGUGGUCACAGCACCUUCUUCGGACUGCUCAACACCUUCGUACACAUCGUCAUGUACACGUACUACCUGUUCACGGCCCUAGGACCCCAGUUCCAGAAGUACCUCUGGUGGAAGAAGUACCUCACCAGUCUGCAGAUGAUCCAGUUUGUCGCCAUCAUGGUGCACGCCUUCCAGCUGCUGUUCAUCGACUGCAACUACCCGAAAGCCUUCGUCUGGUGGAUCGGAAUGCACGCCGUCAUGUUCUUCUUCCUGUUCAACGAGUUCUACCAGAGCACGUACAAAGCGAACAAGCUGAGAAAAGCGGCAGCCGCCGAAGCCAAACGGCUGGCAGCAGAAGAAGCCAAACUGCAGAAUGGCAGUGCUGCCAGUAGUAACGGUAGCGCCAUCACUGCCAACGGACACCACGGGAAGAACGGUUCGGUGCACCAUCACAGUAACGGCAGUGCCACCUCCAACGGCACCUCGUUACUGUCCAACGGCGUCGGCAAUGGCAACAAGGCCGCCGACUACUACGUUCGGGGCGAUCUCCCGGCCGAGAUCGAGAUCACGCAGCGACAACCCAGCAGCCGCAAUCAGGUCCAAUAAUAGCGAAUACGAUAAAACAGACACUUCCCCGUACGGGAGGCGAUAGGACACUCACAAAUACCCAUACACACAUACACAGACAAUAUGCAAUCCAACAUACUUCCCUGGCUUCCUUUUUGCUCCUCUCAACGAGAACCAAAAGUUCCCCUUCCUUCCCUAGUACACUCCUUCACGCAUACAAAGCGCAGUGGUUUCUAUUGUUAUGAUUAAUUAAUUUAUUGUGAAACUUCUUUAAUAUUAUUAAUUCAUAAACCAACACACACAGACCAACACAAAGACACACACAGAAAAUGUGAAUGUGAACUCGCUGUCAAGUUUUUAUUUGUAUUUCCAGUUUUUUUUUGUCAAUCUCUUCUUCGAUCAUACAUACACACUGAAACAUAUUCACACCAAAUCGGGAUAAAAAUCGUCAACAUUCGCAAUAAAGUGCAAGCAAAAGUAUAUUUUAUCAUGAUAAAAAACAUGCGAAACAUGUACACACCGAAAAAAAAAAAAUUGUUACUUACUGUUUGUAAAACGAAAAUUACGAAAAAAAAGUUUUAAUCAACAGAGAAGCAUGAAAACAAUCAAAACACGCAGGAAAUGUAAACCAAACAAACAAAGCACACAGUUACACACAAAACACACACAACACAUAUACAAAAAAAAAUGUAAGCAAAAGCCAAAACAAACUAAGCGAGAGAGAGAGAGAAAGAGAAUAAAUGAGAGGUGAAAGCUUUUCCGUUUCGAUCUUCGUCGUCGCCGGCCCGGCCCGCCCUUCUUCGAUGGUUGGAUGCGGCGACGACGAUAGGAGAGAAAUGUGUUACCUUUAUUUAGAGUUUUUAAAUAAAGUGUUAGUAACUUGCGCGGUGAUAGCAGCGUCAGCCUGGCAGGUUCGUCUUACACUGUGGGGAGGAUUCAGGAAAAAUUAAACAAAAGAAAAAUGAACAUGGAACAAAACAAAACAGAAUGAAACCAAACAAAAUGGCGGCAUCUUUGGAGUGGUUUUGUUUAGAGCAGUGUAGGGAAGUAAUUUGUGAAUGUAAAGGAUUAAAAUCAAAGAGGAACUACUACUGGGCGAAGAGCGAGACAGGCAAGCAUAUAAUUUGUAAAUAGUUUAGAUAACCUAAAAGCGUAGGCGUUAAGGAUGUAGGUUUAAGGUUAUACAACAGCAGUUAGUGGAGGAUGAAAAAAGUGAACUAACGGUGAAGAUUCUAAAAAAGAAAACGCCAGACAGUACCCUUUGGAUGCUAUAUUUUACCUAUCAACUAGGAUUUUUUUACUUAUUUCAAUUAUUAGGACACGACUGUUAGGACAGGCACACACAGACAGCUUUACAAUGUGAGGAAAAUAAAUGUGUAUUUGUUUUAGUGGCUUCUCUGGCAUAUUGGGCCAAUUUUUUUGGAUUUCUUCCUUCUAUCCCUCUCGACGAAACGGUAAGAUCAUUCAACACAUACACACCCAAACACGAUCAUCAACCCAUACAGACAAACCACACUGAUUCAGGAACAGGAACUACAUACUUUAGUAAGGCUACAACAGUAGAUAUCAAGUCUAUGAUACACACAAAAUACAAAACACACAAAAAUAGAAGGUGUUUAGGGGACAGACAGACAAAGAUGCCUCUGUCGUUAUGUAGGAUAUAAACCUAAAAAUGAUAAGAAACGAAAAAACUCUAAUGUGAUUUCUUUAUUUUUUUUGUAAGGAAAAUGCAAAAGCAAGCAAAUUGUGUAGUAAGGAGAAAAUGUAAAAAAAAAAAAAAAAUAUUGAAGAAUAUUCCGCCGCAAACAAUUUCAAAUAAUUGUUAAACCCAAAAGUAGAGAAAAGAAAAACAAA